UCUCUCCUCUUGAACAUCAGUCCCUUCGAUUCAGUUUAGCUUGAGACUGACAACCCAAAAAACUCAUUGUGAUGCCUCUCUGGUUAUUGAUGUUCCUGGCAGUUGCAGCUGCUGCUCCUCUGGACGAUGAUAAGAUUGUGGGAGGAUACGAGUGCACCCCUCACUCUCAGCCCUGGCAAGUUUUUUUCACCUACAAUGGAAGAAACUGGUGUGGAGGUUCCUUAAUUUCACCAAGGUGGAUUAUUUCUGCUGCUCAUUGCUACCAACCAGCCAACACCUUGGUUGCUCACCUUGGAGAACAUGAUCUUAAAAGAGCAGAAGGAACAGAGCAGCACAUCCAAGUGGAGAGCAUCUAUAAACACUUCAGCUACAAAGACAGUGCUCAUGACCAUGAUAUAAUGUUGGUUAAACUAGUGGAACCUGCUCAAUAUAAUCAGUAUGUCCAGCCCAUACAAGUGGCAAGAAGCUGCCCAAGAGAUGGGGCUGAGUGCCUUGUGUCUGGCUAUGGAAAUCUGCUUGCGUACAAUGUGAGGUAUCCAGAUCAAUUGCAGUGUCUGGAUCUCCCCGUUUUGACUGACUCCAGCUGUAAGGCUUCAUAUCCCAGGCAGAUUACUGAGAACAUGUUCUGCGCCGGCUUCCUGGAAGGUGGAAAGGAUUCAUGCCAGGGUGACUCUGGUGGGCCACUGGUUUGCAAUGGAGAACUUUAUGGAGUAGUCUCAUGGGGAAGGUACUGUGCCAGGAAGGAUUCUCCAGGAGUGUAUGCUAAAGUCUGUAACUAUCUAGACUGGAUACAGGAUAUUACAAAGAACAACUAAACACAAACCCUUCAGACUCAUUCAGUAUUUUGAAGUGACUGUUUACCAUGGCAGGCAAUGACUCUUCUGCUGCAGUUGAACAACAGCUCCCAACAAUCUCAACCAAGAUUAAUUAUUAAAAUGUUAAAAAAAAAUAUGUGUAUUACUGUGAAUGCAGGGGUUUAAAUAUGUUGUUCUAUGUGUCCUAUGUCACCAACCAUUAAAGGAACUUGAGGCAUCAA